GCCCUGUAUGCUUCUCAGGUCGAGCAACAUUUAGUUUUUUUGUCUUUUGUUUACGAAAAAAUAAAAUAAUUUAAAAAUAGGACACUACAUUUCAAAACGUGAUUGAAAUUCCAAGGGACAGCGAUGUCAACGCAAAAACUCAUAAUUCAGGAGGAAAGUCUGCACGACUCAUGGGUAGAGCUCCACUUUGAUUCAUGUAGUGAACAUAGUGAGGACGUACCAGCCCUGUCUGAUAUCACAGACCUAGAAAAAAUGCUUCUGGAAGCACAACGGGAAUCCAGCAGUAGUUCACGGACAAGUUCUCACUGUAGCAGUCCCCAACGUGUCCAGACACCUCCACUCAUAAGUGCAGUCUCUUUCAACACACACAUUAUUUCACAGGGGGAAGUUGUAGCAAAAAGCAAACAGGAAGCUGAGGCUGUCGCAAGGAUCUGUGAAUGGUCCAGCCGGCCAGAAAAUUUUCCACCCAAAGCAUUUAUUAUUAAACGGCCAAAACGGAACAGAAUGUGCAGCAAAAACAGAGAAAAAAAUGACAAGGAAAUGAACACAAACUUGCUGAAGUUACUGCUACCCUCCCUAGUUUUGACACACAUUCUCAUGCUUGGACUGGGGAUCUGUAUUGGACGACGCCUUUCCACUCAGUGUUCUGUUAUCUGAGUCAUAGCGUGUGUGUGUGUGUGUGUGUAUGCUGUGUGU